UUGGAACAGCUUACCGGCCAAACCCCUGUGUUCUCAAAAGCCAGGUACACAGUUCGAUCCUUCGGCAUCAGAAGAAAUGAGAAGAUCGCCGUGCACUGCACUGUUCGUGGACCCAAGGCUGAAGAGAUUCUUGAAAAGGGCCUGAAGGUCAAGGAAUUUGAGUUGUACAGAGAGAACUUUUCGGAUUCUGGAAACUUUGGAUUCGGUAUCCAGGAGCACAUCGAUCUCGGUAUCAAGUACGAUCCUGGAAUUGGAAUUUACGGUAUGGACUUCUACGUGGUCCUUGAUCGCGCGGGACGUCGCGUUGCCAGAAGAAGACGUUGUCCUGGUCGCGUUGGA